AUGUUGUUGGCAUCUCAGCUCACUCACACCAAUAAGGCGCAGCCAAAAGUAAAUUGUCAAAACUUCAAGUUUGUUAUCGAUGAGCAUGUCGUCUAUAAUCACAUUCUUGAGGGUUACGUGUUUCAAAGAUUAACAGUCCACAGCGCCACCCAGUGUCACAUGAAGUGCAAAGAUGACUGCCUGUGUGUAUCCAUGAAUUAUUUCCCACUGUCCAAAGAAAAUAACUGCGAGCUCAACGAUGCUAACAAAGACAUGGAGCCAGCGGCGAUGAAAUGGAGUGAACGAGGAAAUUAUUAUGAUUUGAUGAGAAGCUACACGGUGAAGGUGGGAGAUAGAAUCGUUUGUUGUUGAUAGAAUUGUCUUAGUUUUUCUUCUCACUUACAUCUUUAUCACAACAUAGCACGCGUGCAAGGCCUACCUAUAUCCUAAGGGAGGUACCGUAAUAAAAAUCCUUGUUAUCUACCUAGACUUUCACUCAACAAACGAGGACUGUAAUUGGUUAAUUCUUAGUCACAUGCCCCUGAUAAAAUUCAAAUGUAUCCCGACCGGGAUACAAUUGCGUAGUUGUUGCCCGCGCGCCGAAUACAACAGCAUGUUUUUGCCAAAUGAUUGUCUGAUGGAAAGUCUAAUUAUAUAACAAAAUACUUAAUGUAUAUUUAGUGCUCGUCAUUGCAUCCAUAACAUGAAGAGUGAAGUUUCACUUCGCCUAAAAAAUCCCGUCUAGUUUAGCCCCGAGAAUUCAAAACUAUCACUGAAGAUUGUUUUUCCGUUCUAUCCCGAUUGAGAUAGACCUUUGCGGCUCAAAAGGAAAACAAAAUAUGCUGAAUAAGACUCGUUUCGAAAAAAACGAUGAGCAAGCAGCUCUUCGAGCGACGUAAUUAGUUUCAGAGUUGACAAUAUUUUAUUUGCAAACGCGAUGAGAAUUAUGGCUGGAAACAGAACUGAGUUUUCUGACUUCAACUGAGACUUUGCGACGCUGGGGACUCUUCUUUAGAGCGGAAAAUAUUAUUGUGAAGCAUUGACAUGUACCAAAGUUUUGUUCAAUGGAAUAUUUUGUUUUAGAAAUCGUACGAUUUUCAGAGUUUUUAGUUCAAAGCUAAGCAAUUUUCGGGUAGUAAAUUUUAGUAAACAGCGGCAUCUCAAGCAGCGUAAAUCUACCACACGUAUCUCGUAAAUGCGAGAAAUUUAUAGGCUUUUACUUCGUGUUUUGAACGGUUGAUAUCAGUUCUAAGUGUUGAUAUAUCCUAAAAGUAUUGUUAAAUAGCAGAUUUUAAUUUUAUUUAAAACCGUACAAUUUCAGAAUUUUCAAAAUCUCUAACAGAAACAUGCGCAAAUUUCUGGCGUUGAAUUCUAGUAAACAACGAUUGAAGCAUGUUGAAUGCAAGAAAUUCGUUCGUUUCUGCUUUUGAGCAGAAAAUUUACAAUUCUUUGAAUAAAGAUUUGGUCUCAAAAUAUUUCUUGGUCAUUUUUAUCUUGUCAUUUAUUCAUAGUUUUUGGGUAGAAAACGAUUACCAAGUUAAUCAGACAAAGUUGUAAUGAACUCUUUUUUUUCGAGCACAAAUUGCAUGCUAUUUUAUAACGAAAUUUGUUCACGCUUUAACUAUACCUCGAGUUUUGGAUGCACUUGGGAGUUUGAAGAGCACUCAAGCAACCCUUACGCUUCUCUCGUGCUCUUAAAACCUAGUUCCCGCGUGCAUCCAUAAUUUGAUAUACGCAAGCUAAGACCAAUUCUUUUUUGUACGUCCCCCCUCCCAUAUAUUUAUUUCCGAAUAUCUGCACCGCUUGACUUUACCUUAAGCAAGGAAUAGUUUUAGGGAAAAAAGGUUCAUUUUUAAUUAGGGUGGAGGAAGCUACAUUCCAGGGAUACAUCGUUGCGUUAAUAGAUGCUGCAACCAGAAUCCCUGCCUCAACGGGGGGGUAUGUCAGGAGAUUUGUGACAAUCGCAGCCCCGGGUUUAACUGCACCUGUUCUUACAAAUACACCGGUAAGCGUUGUGGUCACACUACACAUCCAAGAAACUGCAAAGACAUCGCUGACAACGGAGCCUCACAAUCAGGAAAAUACAAUAUUUUUGAUUCAGCCAAUAAACCGUUUUCUGUUUACUGUGACUUACAGUUAGAACCUGGCUUUGUAUGGGCAUUGAUACAGUCGUUCUCCAUCGCCAAUAAGGCCACAUAUAAGGAUAAGGGGUUUGGCACGGAUUUUCCUGUGAAUGACAAUAACAAUGAACCGGAAUGGAACUCUUACCGCCUUUCCUUAUCAAAUAUGCAGUCUCUCUCAAAUCACUCCACACAUCUGAGAGUAACAUGCAACUUACCUGCAGAUGGCCUGCAGUAUACGGACUACGCACGCGCAGUUCUGGCAGGUCAUGACAUAUUCGGUGACUGGGGUGGAGAUUGCAUACUGUUUGAGUAUAUUAACAUCCGUGGAAUUCACUGUUCUGGUUGCACCGCCUACACGAGAAUGGAUCUUAAUGGUGCUUGGUUCGUGAACAGUUUCAAAAGCAAGGAAAACGGAUGCGAUUUUGAUGGGUCACCAGGAGCAGUUGACAACGAAAAUAAUUUUGGACGGUAUCGUUCCGGAGCAAUAAAUACGAAUCACCGCUGCUCCUCUUCGGAUCCUUCUACAACGCAAUACUGGUUUGGGGUUAAACAUGAAUAGUUUGUUCUAAGUUCCAAUAAUCUGCUAAAGCUAGAAUGAGUUCUGAGUAAUAGAUAAGGUUUUUUUUUCUUUUCUUUAAGGAUUCUGUCUUUUAUUGGUUGUGAUUGCUUUUUGAUUUGUUUUAUUUUUAUCAACAUAGGCCUUUGGUUUCUCGGAAACCUUUUUUUUGAAAUCGAAGAAAUUGAUUUUGAGUCUCGUUACAGCCGCUUCCUAUAAGAUGUUUGAUUGUAUGACGUUGAUAGAACGAUUUUUCAACGAGUAUUGUCAAACCGAAACAAUAUAGACAGCUAAUCAGAACGAAAUAUGAUAUCACAGGAACUAUUUAGAAAUCAAAGAGAAACAAGCAAACCGUUGUAAUCUGAGAUUGUUUUUAGCUAUGCAUUGCUUAGGUAGGAGAUUAGCCCGAAUUCUCUAUACCAAAAAUGCAAAGCUAAUGCAAUCUUAGCUCCCUUUUGAAAACAGGAACAACAUUGCUCUGUAGUAGUAGUUUAGUAAUGAUUCAUGGCUUGUAUGCGUAAGCUAUCAUACGAAUAUGUUCAAAUACGCCUUACGAACCUUUAUAUAAACUUAUAUCUGUAACAUACACAUGCAAUUGAUAUAACAUGAUCCUAAAUGACUGAAUUGCAUAGUUGCACUAAGUUUGUUUGUAGACAACUUGAUAACUAUAGGAAGGGGCAGCAUCACAUUUCAUUUAAUCGCCUGAAUGCUGUUUCAUCAAUUUACGUACUCUCAGAUACUAGUUUGAUAUUUGUAUUGAGGGCGAAAGAGACAUCUGCAGUUAAAUGACUCGAAAACCGAUCUCUUCUCCAGCCUUGUAAAUACAUCUCAGGAGUCAGCAGGAUGAUAGAAGUCCACUUUCAUAUUUUUGCACAAAGAAAUAUUUACAUCUUUGGAGUCGAAAACGGCUCACUUUGUAUCUGUUGUUUAGAGGACGAGUCCACCAUGUACCUGGUCGAAGGAUUUGAAAAGAGGUUUAAUCAUAAAAAUGCUCUCUCUUUCUCGCCAACCGGCUUCAGUCAAAAUUGUCAUUUAAGAAAGCUCCCUUUCGAGACAGAUCUUACCACAAACAUACAUGUCUCACACAUCCAAACCGUUGCGAUCGUCAACGGUCAUUGACGAAUCGUCACACUGGAAGUCGAAUCGUGCCUUAACAUACCCGAAGUCGAGGGGCGCGCAUGUAAGCAAUGAGUUAAAAUGAUUGGCAUGUUACGAGAACGUGACAACAUGAACCUUCCACGUUCUUAAAGCGUGAGACGACCGGAAGUCUAUCGUCAGAAUAUUUGCCCCCGCAGGGUUUUUGGCCCCAGAGGGCCGAAAACCCGAGGAGGCACCUUAGGACUCCCCGCGUAAUAUAGAGGAAGACUGGAGAAGAGGGAAUGUGGGUAUUUUCGGUAGGUCAUAACCAGAAAAAAUCUCGAUUUGAUCGCUUGCACGGCCGCAAGGUAUCAACGUUUUUCCCGCAAAUGGUCAUGGGCUGCCAGUAAAAAGACACGCGCGCGAGGACUUUUAGGAUCGGCGUCUUUGACACGAGAUUUGUCCUAGUAUAGAGGAAGACUGGAGAAGAGAGAAUGUAGGUGUUUUCGGUUGAUCGUAACCAAAAAAAAUCUCGAUUUGAUCGCUUGCACGGCCGCAAGGUAUCAACGUUUUUCUCGCAAAUGGUCAUAACUACACAACUGUAAACAACAAGCCCAACUCAAAAAAAAAAAAAGAAAAUGGUACUGUAGGACGGGGGCAGCUCUAGUGAGAACUAUAACUAGUAUAAACUAUACAGUGUAGCAAAUGUUGACGAUUCGACACGAUUCGACUCAAAUCGAACGACUCGUCACAGCAAAUGACAAUCCGUCAUACCGGAUGCAAAUUACAUCCAGUAUGACGGGUCGUCAUUUGUGGUGACGAGUCGUUCGAAUCAAGUUGAAUCGUGUCGAUUUGACAACAUCGACAACCCCCCUUCACAGUCACUUGCGGAAUAUUUUCUAAGUCUCUUACAAAUUGACUUCCGGUAUGCGUUUCCAAGUGUCUUGCAAAUCGACAUCCGGUAUGACGGGUCGUUCGAUUCGAGUCGAUUCGACAACAUCUUCAACCCCCUAUCGCAGGCACUUGCGGAAUAUUUUCUAAGUCUCUUACAAAAUGACUUCCGGUAUGCGUUUCCAUGUUUUAAGAGAUGGUUUCUCAGAACUCCGGUAUCACAACACCACUUAGCCGCGAAUCGAUUUCCGGUUUGACGAUUCGUAGCGGUUUGGGUGUAUUGGACAACCCUCCUCAGUUAAUAAAUGAUUUAGAAAUUUUUACUCUCCUAUUGUGGGUCUGUUCGUUUUGUUUUUGUCAAAGCUUGAAGUUAUAGGAAGCUAUUUUAUUAUUUCUUUAGUAUAUUUUUAGGAUGAAUAUAUCUUAUUAGACGUUUUGGUUUGUAGCUGAGUAUUUUUACGAGUUGUGCCGUAUUUUGAUGCACAAACAACCUCACGGACGAUCAUUUCAAGGCCCAGCUGUGAGUGUUCGUGUGGGGUGAAUGAAUACAGGAAGAAAAAAAACAACAACUUAACAUCAACAAUAAUGCCUGGAGAAAUAGUAAAAUUGCUUCGGGUUAUAUUCUAUUUCGAUGUUAUUAUUACUUCCAGUGUUGAUGACUAGUAGACUCUCCAAAUGUGAAGUCUGACCUAAGUCUCUCAUACUCUAGUUGACGCUUUUAAACUGUGAAUGGAUGGCGUGCGGUCUUGGAAAAGAAAGUAAAGAAGUAUCAAUGAUGACAAGUGUCCCAUAUUAUCAUCUUUGUUCUUUAUUAGCACAUCUUUCUGGAAAAGAGUCAGAGUUUGAGAACGACUUUGUGAUAUCUUACCAUUUUUUCAUGCAUUUUUCUAAAUUUAUGAGUGAAACUUUAUACGUCGUUGGGCGAUUGAAACUCUUAGUGAAAUAUCAAUAGCAAACUGGGUUGAUUAAAACAAGUUGGAAAAAUAAUAACCUAACCAGACCAAUUAUUCGUUCCAGUUUGAAAACAUGGAUAAGUUGAGCGAGUAACGAACGUAAAACUUUCCAUCUCUUAUCAAUUACAACGUGGCGCUGAUAAAAGAAAAAUAGCCUUCGGUGCCCAUUUCCACAUGCAAACUUAGAAGGUUCUGGGCGUUGACUCAUCUUCUGAGCAGCAGUUGACUGAUGCAAUAAUCACGCUAAUGUAGAACUUAAAUAACUGCGACAAUCUUGAUAAGUCAAUUUAACCUUGACUGGAAUAUAUUCGAAACACCUGAUUGUAAAGAAGUCUCACCUAUCGGUGCUACUACGGCCCACAGGCUAUCGAUUUUCAUUCACACCGCAGAUAUUUGCUUUUGAUUUUGUACACAGAAUCGUCACAGUGACUUUCAAAACAUGGAUAAAAAUUAUUACGGACUGUAAAAAUGUUUACUUAAUACUAAAUACAAAAAGAAUAAAAAAUAAAAUAAAAAAAGGCUAAAAAAUACUAUAUGUGCAUAUUAAAAUUCGCAUCACACAUGAUAAAGCCAUUAGGAAAUAGCCGCGUUGUACAUGAUAAAACUAUUCUUCAGUCUAUUUGUUCUGCAAAAAGUACGUUAAAAGCGCGCUUUCUCCUUAAGGUUACGGUAGUAAGAUAACAUGACGGCAAAAGGUCAUGUAAUUUGUGGCAGGUGUUGUCUUUGAUCUCACUGAAAAGGCGCUCCGUCAGCAAUUGGCGCCGUUGGUAGAGGGUGGCAAUAUUGCACUCUUUAAGAGCUUCUUGGUAGCUUAAGACUGGGAAAAUUAUUGCACGGCGCUGAAUAUUCUCUAGCUCUUCAGAGAGAUACUCAGGUAGACCAUUGUGGAAAACUUGGCAAGCAUAUUCAGACACGGGCCGGAUACACGCAGGAUAUCCUUUUGCACGCUAUCUAAUAAAAUGCUAAUGAAACACUUUAAGAGCUUUCAUUAAUAUUCUCCAUCCGAUACUCCUACGGUAAAUAAUAAAAUGCGACCCUCUUCAAAUAUUAAAGUGUGAAUAACACAUUCCAAAUCAUUCUUUGAGUUGAUUCUGUAGAGUGCAGAGACUCAUAAGUGCGGUUGCUGAAGGAGGAUCUCUAACAAUUGAUGCUGGGUAGAGUUUCUCUUGUUUUGGUUUGGUAACACAUAACGUUUUGAGAUCUCCCUUAUUUUCAAAACGCUACUUUUGUUAUUAAGGACACAAAGGAAACUCUUGAAAGUUUUACGUUUCAAGUAACACUCCUCAAAGUUGAUACAUGAACGUCAGUUUUUGAUAAAGUUCAUCUCAGUGGCUGUUUCACUGAGAUUUGAUAUACUUCGAUAUUUAGCUUUGCAUUUAAGUAACUGCAACUGAUAUACUUUUAAUCAGCAAUUACCCGAUUCGUUUACGUUUUAUAUCAGUUCCAUUUGCCGAUAUAUCUCCCUCCAUUGAAACCUGGGCAAUGAAGAGAAAUCAGCUUUACAUUUGAGCUAACAAUCAAUUAUUUGUAAACUGUGUUCAGCUUGGGCUAAACUGCAGGGUACGUCAGUUACGCUGGGCUCCUUCUGUAGAGCAUUCCUAACAGAAACUGUCGAGGAGCAAUUUCGUUUGGGCUUGAAUGUUUGCCCAAUCUUCUUUUCGAAAUUCCGCAAAUAAGUGAUUCUGUAGAGAAGAGCGACUUCACAGCGAGAUGAACACACUCCUCACUGUCUUCCAAAACGUUUACUGACUCAGA